AACCGGGGGCGGAAGCUGAACCGGAAAUGCAUGUCUUCGCUUCGCCCGCCUCUUCCGGCUCACUUCCGCCCACUCCACCCAGGUUCGCCGGCCGGAAACGUUCGCGUUACCUGGGUCCUGCUUCUCUGGAUCGAAUCCGGACACCGCCAAAAUGCCGGCUUACCACUCUUCCCUCAUGGACCCUGACACGAAGCUCAUCGGCAACAUGGCGCUGUUGCCCAUCAGAAGUCAGUUCAAAGGGCCCGCCCCUCGAGAGACAAAAGACACCGAUAUUGUGGAUGAAGCCAUCUAUUACUUCAAGGCCAAUGUCUUCUUCAAGAACUAUGAAAUUAAGAAUGAAGCAGACAGGACCUUGAUCUACAUCACACUCUACAUUUCUGAGUGUCUAAAGAAACUCCAAAAGUGCAAUUCCAAGAGCCAAGGCGAGAAAGAAAUGUACACGCUAGGAAUCACGAACUUUCCAAUUCCUGGAGAGCCUGGCUUUCCCCUCAAUGCCAUUUAUGCCAAACCUGCGAACAAACAAGAGGAUGAAGUGAUGCGGGCAUAUCUACAGCAGCUGAGGCAAGAGACUGGACUGAGGCUCUGUGAGAAAGUGUUCGACCCUCAGAAUGAUAAACCCAGCAAGUGGUGGACUUGCUUUGUGAAGAGACAGUUCAUGAACAAGAGUCUUUCGGGACCUGGGCAGUGAGUGGAGCCUGGGCAGCCACCGCCUGCAGAGUCCUAGGGAGCAUCACACGGAGGUGUACACAGUCCUUUGUGUCCGUUCAUAAUGCAUCAUGAAGUGAGAAGAGAGUGUGUCUUUGCCGGAAAAGCUCUUGAUCAUGAAUUUGGGGGGUGGGUGUCAGGUGAUCUGAAUUUUCGGCAAUUUCAGGCUGGUACUUAAGAUGUAAUAAAGGUCACUGCUUACUUAGACAUUGAAUUAAAACAUUUUUGAGAUAAA